AUGAGCUUCCCCCGGACUGUCAGAUUCCCAUUUCUCGACUUCUCCACACUUUCCUCCAAGUAUCUACAUCCAAUAACGAAGAUGGCGAGAAUGGUAUUUGAGCUUUCCACCAUCUAUCUCAUUUAUGGAAGUAAUCAACUGCUACCGCUCCUCUCCGCCCCUCCACAACCUCACAGCUACAGGCACAUCAACACUCAUACUCAGAUCCAAGCAUGGCAAUGGGUAUCUCUGAUUGAACCCGCUGGCAAGGACCGAGAAAUCUCCCGGCUAAAAGAGAUUUACUCCCCUACAGGGGACUAUCACAAGAACGUUAGGCAGAAAGAAUGCAUGACACUUCAGGCAUUAGUUGCUCGGAUCUUCAAGUUUCUAGCGGGAUGGAAGCCGGUGAAGAAGCUGGAUGUCUCAAACAUGAAAUAA